AUGCCGAUGGAUUGGGAGUGGGGCUUCCUUCCUCUCAGUUCCACCAACCCUCCGACUGACGAAGCCUGCGAACGCUUCCCUUGCAUUGCCACAGAGGCACGAGGCUCUUGCCAGAAGCGCGCCGUGGACAAGGUUGACCCGGAUCCCUACGUGCCGUGGAAAGAACUCAAGAUGGGCCGGACGCACACUCCACGCCCCGAUGCUCCCUCAGUCAGCGCCAACCCACAGGUCGUGGAGCACGCUGCACCUCUACAGGCCGAGGUUGGCCAGGACUUCCUGGACAAACUCGCCUCUCGGGGUCAGAAGCACAAGGCCCCGGCGCCUGAGGCCGGCUCGAGCCAUGCCCCUCCCGCCAAACGCCCCAAGAAGCCCUCCGUGAAGCACUACCGGAAGCGCGAGAUGCCGGUUGCCUCCGGGCCUGCUCUCAAGCUCUCCAAGAGCGCCACCGGCAUGCUGCCGGAAAGCUCCGAGGACGGCCCCCGGGCUUCACCUCCUCCUCAAGCAAGCCCGGUACCAUCUGGUACCGGCAAAACUCCUGCCUCCCCUGCGGGGGGCAACAUAAGUGUGGGGUGCGCGGCCCCUAAAUCUACCGAUCACCGCACGGAGGAGGUUUUGUCUUCCCCUCCAGAAGUUGAAGACACCGGCGCCAGCAACACCAGCGCCGGAAAAGAACCAGCGGAGCAGGCGGAACCUCCGGUUCCCUCUGUUCCAAAGAAGAAAAAGAAGAAGACCACUGCUUCCCCCGCAAAGACCGUGCCGGAGACUUCCGCGCCGGCAACCUCCUCACCAGCCAAGGAAGCACCGGAAGCUCCUGCGCCUCCCAAGGAUGCACCAGCACCUCCUCCGGAAGCUCCUGCCGGCCAACCCGCUGCUGCCAAGCCUACUCCGCCAGAGGGCACCAAGCUCUCCGCCCAGCAACUUGCUGCGUCCCUUGUACUGCACGCCGGCCGCGCCGCCCUUGCGGCCGGUGAGACGGCCUCAAGCCAGCUGGGCCGGAUCACUGAGCUCAGCCGCGGGGGAGCGGACCUGGGCCAUUUGCUUGAGUACGCUGAAAAGUGGAAUCAAGCAGAUUUGUCCCCGGCGUCGCUCGGCCUCGGGAAGGACAAGCUGCCGGUAGUUGAUCCAGCAGGCCCCCAGAGCACCGGGCAAUUCUUUGGCCGGCUAAGGCGCGUGGUCAAAGAAUUCGACAUCGCGUGGCACGACGCCAACAACAACGUGGUGAGCGUGCUGGACACCCGGAAGUGGCUCUUCGAGGAGCUUCUUUGGGAGCACGGGUACCUCUCUGAGGCGCACAGCAAGUGCCAAGCUCUUCCGGAAGCCUCCUUCGAGGACCUCACUGCCCAGCUGUCUGCGCUGAAAGCCGAAAAGGAGCAGCUUGUCCAGGAGCAUCGCCAGGCGCUGGACGCUGAGAAGACCAACUCCAGGGAGCUCAAGGACCAGCUCGUGCAAGCUGAGCUCCGGCAUGACCGGGAGCUGAAGGAGGCCAAGGCUGCUGCAGAGGCCAAGCUGAAUGAGUUUCUGGAGGAGUCUACCAACUCCAGCGCGGUGCUGCGGGCGGAACUGGAGGAAGAAAGCAAGGCGCGGAAGGAGGCGGAAGCUCGGAUCGCCACCAUGACUACAUACCAGGCUCACUAUGACCAGCUGGUCAUGCAAGCCGAUGCGCUAGCCUUCCAGCUCUUUCCGGAUUCACAGCCACAUGCCCUCAAGAAGUUCGCAGAGCGCAUGGCUGAGCACGCCAUGAGCAACCCAAAUGCGCCCUUGGAUGCUUAUGACCAUUUGGUGAUGCUUACCGCCCGGAUCCAACACAUGAGCCUGCGCGGCGGUGCUCCCACGGACAUCGAUCCUGCCAAGACUGCCAAGCGCAAGGAUCGCGCCUACCGGAUCGCUCAAUCUGCCCCCACCAGAACUUUCAUCCCUCCUCCCGUUGAUCUUCAUGAUGAUAUAUCCGAGGGUGAGGAGGAAGAAGGGGUUGGUGAGGAUGAAGAGGAGGUCCCUGCUGAUGACGCCGCCCUCGACCAAGCUUCGGAAGCUCCUGCCGCUUGA